AACGUCAUGACGUACGACAACUGCAAGCACAUGGAAAAUCCAGCAGCCAGGUUGUCGAAGGUAAAGGUAUUCGGUAAACCAAAUGCCAUCGAGCUGAGUGCCACGUUGGAAGUUGAGCGGGAGAUCGAACCACCGGUGCAUUUGCAGCUGCACGUGAAGCGAUGCAACAUGCAGAAGGAAGAAUGCGAAACGUACGAACACAUUUCGUUGGAGGACGUCUGCUCGAAGAUCGAAAGCAAUCCGAUCCUGCAUAAAUACAUGGACAUCUUUACACCACCGCUCAGCUGUCCGUUAAAAAAGGGACGCUAUGUGGCGGAAAAAUCGGAGCUAAAGCUGCAAAUGCUGGAAAUGUUCCCGAUCGAGAACGCAUUCUGGCAGAUGGAGUUUCGCUUCCUAAACAAGCACAACCAAACGAUGCAGUGCGAUUUCGUCGAGGUUGCGGUGACGGAUAAACAGUGA